AACAAAUUGAUAUAAAUGGAUAUUUGCACAUAGCAACAGAAACAUUGCUACUUGUGUGUUGUCACGAACGAAUCAGGAUUUGUUCCGGUCUAAUAUGGCUGACCAGUUGUUGAAUGCAGCAAAGGAUGGAAGUUGUGUGAGUUCAACAGGUAGAAAUGGAGAUAAAGAAUUGCUAGAGGCAUCGAGUAAAGGACAUCUUAAAAUUGUUCAAGAACUUUUAAAGAAUGGAGCAGAUGUAAAUAUAGCUAAUAAAGAUGGUGACACACCAUUGAUAUUGGCCUUGAGUGAAGGACAUCCUGAAAUAGCACAAGAACUGUUGAAGAAUGGAGCAGAUGUGAAUGGGGUUAAUCAAAAUGGCGACACAGUAUUGAUGCUGGCAUCAGUUGAAGGAUAUCUAAAAUUUGCACAAGAACUGUUGCAGCAUGGAGCAGAUAUGAAUGUGAUUAAUCAAAAAGGCGGCACUGCAUUGAUGAAUGCAUCGAUGGGAGGACAUCUGGAAAUAGCACAAGAACUGUUGAAAAACGGAGCAGAUGUCAAUAUAGUUGAUGAAUGUGGCUACACAGCUUUGAUAUGGUCAUUGAUUGAAGAACAUCCUGAAAUUGCGCAAGAACUGCUGAAAAAUGGAGCAGAUGUCAAUAUAGUUGAUAAAUAUGGCUACACAGCAUUGAUAUGGGCAUCUAAUGGAGGCUUUAUAGAAGUAGCACAAGAACUGUUGAAGGACAUCUUGAAACAACUAAAGAAUUGUUGAAGAAUGGAGCAGACGUAAAUGCAGCUAAUCAAAAUGGCGAUACAGCAUUGAUACGAGUAUCAAGUGAAGGUCAUCUGAAAAUAGCACAGAAACUGUUAAAGAAUGGAGCAUUGAUACGGGCAUCGCAUGAAGGAUAUCCUGAC